GAAUCCGGCCACCACGGACAAAUGUACAUAAGUACAAAACCCCACGUAGUAACAAAUAUAGUAGGAAGUAGCUUCCCAUGCAACUUCGAGGAAACCAAAAGAAAACAGAACCAUCCAUUCCCCUGAAAUUGACACCCCCAAAUUUACACUUCUUUUAUAACCACUCAUCAAAAUUUAAUUAACCCCACCAUCCUCUAUUUAAACCGCACCUGCAUGGGCCGCCAUCUUCAAUUCAAUUCAUCCAAUCCGCCAUACAUACAUACACACUCGCAAUAUUACAUACAAGAACUCAUAGAUUAGCAGAAAAAAUAGAGAGAAUGGCGGGGAUGGGGCGCGAUGUGGUGUUCGAGGAUUUCUUUCCAUCAAUGGUGGAGAAGCUGGGAGCUGAAGGGUUUUUGCAGGAGCUUUGCAAUGGGUUUCAGCUGCUGAGAGAUGGGGAGAAAGGGGUGAUCACUUUUGAGAGCUUGAAGAAGAAUAUGGCGCAGUUAGGGUUGGGAGGGAUUAGUGAUGAGGAGCUGAGGUGCAUGAUGAAGGAAGGGGACACGGAUGGGGAUGGGUGCUUGAGUGAGAUGGAGUUUUGUGUGCUCAUGUUUAGGUUGAGCCCUGAUUUGAUGAGCAAAUGCAGAAUGUGGAUGGACAACCUCAUUAAUAAUCAAGCUUAAAUUAGUUAUUAGUCAUUACAGUCCAUUAAUGACGACUGUUAUCAUUUUGUAGUUUAAUUUGUCUCCUAUAUUUCUGCAUGUGGUUUUUUCUUUGUUUUCAUCUCAUUAUUAAGUGUAUGUUGUUGUCCUCUAUUGUCACCAUAUAUCUUUAUUUGUACCAAUAAAUAUUGUUGUUCAUGUCCUUCAA